GCCGAUUAUCAACCCUAACUUCUUCAUUGAUGAGAGAAUGACUUGUUAGCUCAACUACUGAUGCAAAAAAAAAACUUAUAAAGCGUGGGAGCAAAUUGUAUUAUUAAUAUCUCCAUCAAGACUUGAAGUUCAACUCAUAGUCUAGAAUCACCUGUAGUUGAUAUUAUGGGGGACUAGUGCUUUUCAACACUUCACUUGGAUUAUGUUUGCUCAAAUAUAAAUUGUCAUCAUGACCUACUUAUAUUUAAUUGAUCCACAAUUUAUCACAUAGAUUGUUUUUUGUUCAAUACUUUACUGUGUCUAAGAUUAGAUAUGUGCCGAUGUCAAUUGUCAUGACUAUCUUAGAUGAUAGAGUUCUGACCCAUUAAUGCGUUAAGAUUUUGUCAAGAUGUCUAAGUCUAAGUUAUUAUGAUGCUUUUAUGACCAUCUUUGUCAGUACUUUGUAACUUUGCUAAUGUCUAAACAUGAGCUUAGGAUGCUUUCCUUUUGGUAUGGUGUCGAAACUACUCUGAAAACAACUGAUCUUAUCCACUAUCAGUCAAAGUGGAACCCUAAUUGCAAGUGUAACCAAAUCCUUCAUCAUUAAGGCUGUUUUUUUUCUCCUUUCUUGAGGUUGACAGCCAUUAACCUACUGUUUAUUGUUAUUUCCUGUUGUUGCUGUCAUAAUUACGGAAAUCAAAACAGUUUUUUAAUUGGAUGAGUUUUUCAGAUCAUUAGUUUAGUGGUUGGACAGGUGGAUUGGUUGAAUAUUAUGUCAUCAGACCAACAAACCAACUUGGUACAGUAAUUUCCGUAAAGUCGUUAAAGCUGGACUUCAGAGGAUAAUACGAGUCAAGGGAUCGAAGCAUGGAGGACUACUUGUAUGGGAAAUUAAGAGAUUAGACACAGAUAGUCAAAAGUUGAGUCCUUAUUUCGAAAGUUUAACCAAAUCUUUCACCAUUGAAGCUUUUCCUUUUCUCAAGUUUUCUCGAGGUUUACAGCCAUUAGCCGAUUGUUUAUUGUUGUUCCUCUUGUUGCAGUGUCUCCUUUCUUCUGCCAUUUGUUGCUUAAUCUCUCGUGCCAUUUGUCAUCAUCCUUCUACUCAUGUUCUUAGUGGUUGUUUUCCUUUGAAAUCUAAUCUCCAUGUUUUAAAUUAUGUUGUUUUUCAUUACCUUAUGAGUUGACUUAGAUUGAGAUUAGUAAUGGACUCAACCCAAUCUAUGUCUGGGCCGGCAUGCAGUUCGACCAAUUGAUCUAUCAGUCGACUACUGAAACCAGGUUAUGGUUUGUCUGAACAAUUUUCUUACUCAUCAAUGUUUUUUCUGCUCCAACUCCAACUUUUUUUAGGGUUUGACAUGUUAACAUCAUCCACAUCAGCAGAACAAUUGCAUUCCAUGUCAAGGAGCACAGAACCACCCCACCAUUCAGUGCUGGGUUGGCAUUUGAAACUAGGUCCCUCAACCUGGGUGGCAGGCAACCAUUAAAGUGGUGGGAUCAGACAAUUGGGUCCAUGCCGGUUGAUGUAGAUCGGCCAUCAUCCAUGUCGCAGCAUGCGGGCCCCCGCAGGUUUCACCGCCGACGGUGACGGCGCCUCGCUUCUCUCCUCUCCUCCAUCCUCCUCCGCCGCUACUGCCGGCGGCGGAUCCCAGUCGGCGUGGCACUCGCCGGUGCCGUAUCUCUUCGGCGGGCUCGCCGCCAUGCUCGGGCUCAUCGCCCUCGCGCUCCUCAUCCUCGCCUGCUCCUACUGGAAGCUCUCCAGCUACCUCGACUCCAGCUAUCUCGACUCCAGCGACGCCGACGACGGCGCAGAAGGCCCCUCCACCGACCACCAGAAGCGCGCCGGUGGGCCCGCCGUCCUCGAGGAGCGUUUCCUCGUCAUCAUGCCAGGAGACGACGCCCCCACCGUCCUCGCCAUCCCCAUUUCUAAACCUCCCUCCGCCAACUCCUCCGCCACGGUGACCACCGACCAAGGCAACGGAGAACCUUCCGCCAGUGCGGUAACCUGACCGGGGACGGCGCUGGGCAACCCGCUUAUUCCGUUCGUGUUCAUGUUCAUGUUCAUGUUCAUGCGCGCAUAAUUAAUUCGGGAAUGUAAAUCUGUGAGUUAAAUUGAUAAAAAAAAAUUCGAUGAUUUCCCCCCCUCUAAAUUUAAUUAAAAAAAUUGAAGUCAACAAAACGAU